AUGUACCCACGCCAGGAUGAUGUAAGCCUUUUGCAGCGUUACAUCAAUGACAACAAGCUGGAGGAGAAGGGUGUUCCGAUAACUGAGCUGCGGCGACUAGAGGGCACGGAUCAGGUGAUGCUGGGCGUGGAUGGCACGAAGGUCAUUGACCUCAUUACUCAAGCCGUGCGGGAGAAGGAAAAGAUGGCCGUCUACACCUACACUACCCCGUUUACAGUCUACGACAAAAUCACAGAUAUCUGCAAGACGCUCAGUUCCAUCAAAAACUGCAAUCCCGUGUUGGUGUUUAACGGCAUUCCGUUUUUUCCGGAUCCGUUGGAUGAAAAUUGCCGUGAGAAAAGUACGAUGACUCCCGACAUAGCCUUGCUUAACGGUACAGAAAGCUCCAGGUUGUGUAACAUGAACCCGUCGCGGGCGUUGGACAUGCAGAAAAAGUCGGCGACGCGCUUUUUUGUAGAGGAGGAUGUGGAGAAUCAAAUUGUCAAGCUCUUCCGAUCCGAGUUUAAGAACACCAUGCGAGCGCCGUACCUCGCCUGGGCGCAACUGUCCGCCUUCUGCCACCCCAAGAACCGCCAUGUGUCGGAGGUGUACGGUUGCCUGGAGCUUCUUGCCUUCCCAGGGAUUGACCGGGUCAUCACGAACAUAAAUGUGAUGAAGGGUACUUUCGACAUGGUGCGUAAGUCUCGGCUCUUAGAUUUGUUGCGGAUAAGCGAGGAAGAUUUGGGAAGUCUAAUUGUGAUUGACAGCCGAAACCGGAUAAUGAGGACUGUUGCGCCGAAGUUUUCAAACCUUGAAGACAUGUGCAAAAAAAUUACACGCAUCAAUGAUUUCUCUCUCGGUGCCUCUUACGCCCAGCAGCUGUGUCAAGAACUGCCGCCUAUUUCUGAGCAAGCUCGCAAUCGCGCCGCAAAUGCUAAGAGUGCCACACUUCGCAACCUUGCUGCUUUGGAGUGCCCAGUACUAACCCUGGUUCCUCCGUACUGCAGCUUGUUAACUUGCCUAUAUGAAUCGCGUCGACAAAUAACGCUUGAUCUUAAGUCGGUCAUGGGGCGCCCUCUUCCACCAGUCAUAUACUACAUGUUUACAGCUGGCCUUUUGUCGCCCAGCCUUUUUGCUGCAUUAUGUCAGGGGAGUUUAGUGGAUGACUGGCCACUUGUGGAUUCUGUGAAGUACCGUGACGUGGCUGAGACGGUUUUGCCACUUCGCGUGCAAACACUCCAUCAACUGGCCAACUCGCUGCGGAUGACUGACUUUGGCAUGACAUGGUUUCGUCGCUACAACGCUUACCUCACCCGUGUGAGUAAGGUCAACAACCCUCCGGGAAUUGGGCUGGACUCUUGGAAUUUAACGGGUGUCGCCAUUUCCGAAAACCUUUUUCUGGUGGAUGUGAUGGAGUUUGCACAUUUGGCGGUUUCCUCUCGACAUCUCGUUUACGCAACGGUGGAGGAGACCUGUGCGGCCGUCCUGCUGCAAUCACUAGACCUGCUUGGCUACCUCACCCACGAGACCCACGACGACGGCAACGGCCCGCAGGUGAGUGAGCCAUCGUCGUUUGGCCGGGCGCUAAAGAUGUGUACCGUGCCAACCCUCAGCGAGUACGUUGUGCUUCUUAUUGAACUCGCACGCACAGGGGCUAUUACCCCAGAACCGUUUCGAAUGACAUCCGACGAGAUUCCUCCGCGGGAUCUUCCUCGGGAAGUUGUCCUUGCCAGCCGCAUUCUAUCUAUUAUUCCACUAAAUGUCUCAUCUGCCUGGACUGGUCCAAUUGACCCUGAACUAGCUGCCUUCAGCAUGAUUUCACGUAUGAUAUCUCGAUCGAUUCGUCAACUUCUCGAGGUUAUGCUGGCGAUGAUCUUUUAUCAAGCGAGGACGCUGGUGCCAUUGAAUAGAAUUUGCGCCAUCCAGCAAGCGUUACCCUUUUCUACUCCUGUAGAGUUCGGCGGUGGUGUCUUGAUUGAGUAUAUCCUGACGAAGGAGAGAUGUACGCUGAGCGACAUUGAGCAGGUUUUCCCUGACUGCAGCUACCUGCGACACGAUCUCGCCACAUUGUUUUAUUUCUGGGAUCUUGCGGUGUGUGUGCUGGACUCCUUUCCAUGUCGAGACUCUCCGGUUGACAUGGAGUGCCUGCGCAAGGCUAACGAUCGGAUGAAGGAGGUGCAGGGGCGGCUCGCUAUUAACACGGGCGUGAGGGAAACUUACUGUUGA